GUAUCGUAAAGAAAUGAAAUGAGUGAGACAUGCUAACUUUUAAUAUUAUCUACUUAUAAUAACAGCAACAGGCCCACGUUCAACGAAAACUACUCUUAUAAAGCACAGACUAAUAGUUAAGCUUAUUUUAACAUGAUACGAUGAAGUCAAUAAUCUCCGCAGUUGUAAUCCUCGUUUUUGUUGUAAUGGGGUUUCAAGAAUCAGUAGUAUCUUUGAUCCUAGCUUCUGUUGGAGCUUUACUCUUGGUUGUUGCAGCAACAAUUGUAGCGCUUCUUGUAAGUUAUGUCAUACAAGCUUACUCCCAGAAGAACAGGCCACCUGUGGCUGGCCCAAUCUUUUCCCAGUUACUAAACUUCGACAAACUCUUUGAUUUUCUCACUUAUCAUGCCAAGAAGAACAUUACUUUUCGUAUGAUCACUCCUACGCACAGCGAGAUUUAUACUGCUGAUCCUGUUAAUGUUGAGUACAUUCUCAAGACCAAUUUUCCCAACUAUGGAAAGGGAGCAUACAAUCUCGGUAUCUUAUAUGACCUUCUUGGGGAGGGGAUUUUUGCAGUGGAUGGAGAUAAAUGGCGCCACCAACGGAAGCUUGCAAGUCAUGAGUUUUCGACUAGAGUCUUGAGAGAUUUUAGUACUAUUGUUUUCCGAAAAAAUGCUGCAAAACUGGUUUCACAUAUUUCUAAAGCAGCCAACGGGAAAGAGGUGAUAAACUUGCAGGAUCUAUUCAUGAAGUCAACUUUAGAUUCAAUAUUUAAGGUGGGCUUUGGGGUUGAUCUGGAUACUUUGUCUGGCUCAGAUGAAUCGAGUAAUCGGUUUAUGAAAGCCUUUGAUGACUCCAAUAACCUUGUGUUCUGGAGGUAUGCUGAUUUAACAUGGAGGAUCAAAAGGUAUUUCAAUAUCGGUUUUGAAGCUUCUUUAAGGCAAAACAUUGUAGUCAUUGACAACUUUGUUUAUGACCUGAUCCAACGGAAGAGGGAGCAGAUGAAAAUUGGAAAGCUUGAUGGUGGGAAAGAAGACAUACUUUCGAGGUUUCUUAUUGAGAGUAAAACAGAUCCAGAAAACAUGACUGACAAAUAUUUGCGAGAUAUAACACUCAGUUUUGUUAUAGCCGGAAAAGACACUUCAGCAGGCACACUUACUUGGUUCUUUUACAUGUUGUGCAAACACCCGCUGAUCCAAGAAAAAGCGGCCCAAGAAGUGAGGGCUGCAACUCAAACUGAGAAUAACUCUACGGAUGAAUUCCAUGACAAAUUAACUGAAGCUGCACUGGAUAAGAUGCAAUACCUUCAUGCAGCUCUAACGGAGACUCUCAGACUUUAUCCAGCAGUUCCAGUGGAUGGCAAGGCUGCAGGUGAAGAUGAUACUUUACCAGAUGGAUUCAAGGUAAAAAAGGGAGAUGGUGUGAACUACAUGGCUUAUGCUAUGGGAAGGAUGACAUCAAUUUGGGGAGAGGAUGCUGAGGAAUUUCGACCGGAAAGAUGGAUUGACAAUGGUGUAUUCAAACCGGAAAGUCCAUAUAUAUUUACUGCAUUCCAGGCCGGGCCUCGAAUAUGCCUAGGCAAGGAAUUUGCUUAUCGACAAAUGAAAAUUUUAGCUGCUGUUCUGCUCAACUCUUACAAAUUCAGACUGGCAAAUGAGAACGAGGAGGCUACAUAUCGGGUCAUGCUUACUCUUCACAUGAGUAAAGGGCUAUAUCUUUACGCAAUUCCUCGUCAAUAAGCAUCUACUUUAGAAUCUGGAAGGGCUUGUUAAGUUCAUUGCUUGUAGUGAAAACUCUAAGAAAGCUUAUUCUGGAAUGUAAUAUAUUUUAUCUA